AUGGCGCACGACGACGCGCGCGUGCCGUACGACGUCGCCGUCGAGCGCGCCGUGGACGUGGGCCUGCGUCGCGCGUGCUACGGCGCCCUCGCGGGCGGCGCGAGCGCCUUCAUCUUUCUGCGCGGCCCGCGCGCGCGCGUCGCCGCGCUCGCCUUCGGCGUCGGCGUCGGCGUCGGCAGCGCGUACGAGGACGCGCAGCGCGCGUUCGCGAACGUCGAGUGA